UCCCUUUGCCCUCAGCCCCCCGUGGAAACGGUGCAUAAAGCGAGCUGGGGAGGCAGGCAGGCGGCGAGGAGCCGCUCUGAGCUCUGCUGUUUUUCCUAGAAACCGAUCCGUGGACCUAGAAAAUAACAGGAAGGGGAAAGCAAAGGGGGGAAAAUACGAAGAUCCUGUUUGCGGUCGCUGCCCGAGGAAGAAUUUGGAGGAGAAGGAUCCAUAUUUCUGCUGCCGCCGAGGCUGCGGCGCCGAGGAUGGAGCGCGGGGCCAUGUAGCGGGCUCGCCUCUCGGCCACGCUCUCUCCGCCCGCAGCGGGAUUUCGGCCUCGGCCCGGGGGCCGCGGGGGCUGAGGGCAAGGCCGCCCCCUCCCCGCUGCACACGCCCCCCACCUCUCCCGCCGCCGAGGGAAGCGGCUGGUGCCCGGGGCCCGUCCCUGCUGCGGCGGCGGCUGCCUUCGCCUGGGCGGAUCGCGCCCCGCCAGGGGCCGCUGGUUGCAGGGGGCGCGGGGCAGGCGGGAGGCGGCGGAGGGAAGCUGCCGAUGGCGCGUCCGAGGCCCCGCGAGUACAAGGCUGGAGACCUGGUGUUCGCCAAGAUGAAAGGCUACCCGCACUGGCCGGCCAGGAUUGAUGAACUCCCCGAGGGAGCUGUGAAGCCUCCAGCAAAUAAGUACCCUAUCUUCUUUUUUGGGACUCAUGAAACUGCAUUCCUGGGGCCCAAAGACCUCUUCCCUUACAAAGAAUAUAAAGAUAAGUUUGGGAAGUCGAACAAACGAAAAGGAUUUAAUGAAGGACUGUGGGAAAUAGAAAAUAACCCUGGAGUCAAGUUUACUGGAUACCAGGCAAUUCAGCAACAGAGCUCAUCAGAAACUGAGGGAGAAGGAGGAAAUACGGCUGACGCGAGCAGCGAGGAGGAAGGUGAUCGGGUAGAAGAGGAUGGAAAAGGCAAAAGAAAGAAUGAAAAAGCCGGCUCAAAACGAAAAAAAUCCUACACUUCAAAGAAAUCCUCCAAGCAGUCACGGAAAUCUCCCGGAGAUGAAGAUGAUAAGGACUGCAAAGAGGAAGAAAAUAAGAGCGGCUCUGAUGCUGGAGACGCAGGCAAUGACACAAGAAACACUUCAGAUUUGCAGAAAACCAGUGAAGGGACUUAACCAACAUAAUGACUUCUACAUGUUAAGGGAAAACACAAGAAGGUUACGUGUUUGGUUGUCUAAUAUUCUUGGAUUUGAUAUGAGUCAGCACAUCUGUUCAUUGGUAUCAUCAACAACAUCCCAGUUUGUAUGCACAUUAUUCACAUUCCUAUCUGUUGUGUUUGCAGAAAUUACAUUUUAUCCUUUUUCUAAGGAAUAUCUUUUGAUUUUCAUGUUAUUUGGUUGCAUGGAGUUGCCUUUUUCCCGUGACUGAGGUUUAUGGAGACAUUGCAGAGUUGUACAUUUGGUAAAAACCUUUUCUAAAGAGAAAAGGCAGAAACUCCAAAUUAAAUUGCCCAAAAUCUGUGUUUUUUUGUAAAACAAGCAAACCUUAGGAAUUGAGAGUGCCCUACAUGCAAGCCCACAAGAAUUUAUUCCACCUAUAAACAUAACUUUAAAUUACACUAUAUCCACCUUUCUUGUUUUUUGAUUCACCUACGAAAUGAAAGAAAAAUUCUUCAGCUGAGAUCAUUGCAAAGGUCAAUACUGUAAUAGAAUAUCUUUCCUUCUUAGAAUUACCUAGAUAGUUAUACUCAUUAAUAUUUCUCAAAAUCACGAUGUAAUGUACACUAUCUGGCUUAGUACCUAUAUGUGGAGUUAGUGAAAGUAUUUUUGUGUUUCUUUACAUUAAUUCAAAGAUUUUUUCCAAUGUCAACACAAUUUGAGCUCAUUCAUUUGGAUGCUUUCCAUUUUUAAGCUCAUUGUGAUACAGAAACCCUAUUAAACCAAACCAAAACAUCAAAUUUUCAGUAUUGAAAGGCUUAAAAAAAUGAUCCUGUCAUUCUUCUGUUUUGGGAUUUUUUUUUUAAUUUUGGAAAUAGACCUAGACUAGGAAGUAAGCAUUCCAAAACCAUUAUUCUGUGUACAUUAUUGUUGCUAUUGUGAUAAUAGAGAAUUUUAUUUAUUUUUAUGCCAGCUUUUAUUGUGAAAACAUAUUUAGUCUGGUUUUAUCAAUCCUUGUUAUGCUUGUCCUUGGAACAUCUUUUGCGUAUUCAAGGUUUGUAGUUGACAAGUUUACUGUAAAAAACAAAACAAAAAACAAACAAAAACAAAAAUGUAUUGUUUUUACAGAAUAAAUUUAUUGGAAUGUGUAUUGGGAGUAAGGUUUGAGGUUGUAAGCAAGUAAGUUAGCGUCAUAUUUGGCUUCAUACGUGUAAUAAUGUGAGGUAUUAAUGUAACUCAAGUAUUAAAGCAAAACAUUCUGUUAACACUGAGUUGACAAUAAUAGAUACAAGUCUAGGUGAGAUCUUUUUUUUUCCCCUGUACAUUGCUUUUUUUUCCUCUGGAAAACAGGAGCUUAUUAAAUUCACCUUGACCAUA